UAGAUGAUCUUUCCUCUUUUUCUCUACAAAAUUUUAUUUUCAUCUUAAUUUUUUUUGGGUUUUGGGUUGUCUCUUUUGAAUCAGAGUGAACCCUAACUUCUGUUUCUUUCUUUUCAUUUCUUUUGGAUUGAAACGAUCAAACGGAGAAAUGGGUUCUGAAGGAUCCGGAGUUGUUGUGCCUAGGAAUUUCAGAUUGCUAGAAGAGCUUGAGAGAGGUGAAAAGGGAAUUGGAGAUGGAACUGUUAGCUAUGGAAUGGAUGAUGCUGAUGAUAUAUACAUGCAGUCAUGGACUGGGACUAUUAUCGGCCCACCAAAUACUGUUCAUGAGGGACGCAUCUACCAGUUGAAAUUAUUCUGUGGCCUGGAUUAUCCAGAUAAUCCGCCAAAUGUGAGGUUCCAAACCCGGAUGAACAUGACCUGUGUCAAUGAGGAAACUGGAGUGGUCGAACCUAGCCUUUUCCCCAUGCUUGCUAAUUGGCAAAGGGAGUGUACAAUGGAAGAUAUAUUGACUCGGCUGAAGAAAGAAAUGAUGUCUCCACAGAAUCGGAAGCUUGCUCAGCCUCCUGAAGGCAAUGAAGAGGCAAGCCUCGAACAAAAGGGCUUGGUGCUGAAAUGUUGCAUCAUUUAAACUUCAUCAGAGUUUGAACAUAAUGUAUAUAAAAUCUAUACGCCUGGUAAUUCCAGUGGCUAUCUUAGUACCAUCAAUAUAUAUAUAUAUGUGUGUGUGUGUGUUAUGCUUUUGUAUGGGAAAGAUGUCCUCGUUCCCACCAAAUGGUGGUUAAAUAAAUGGAACUUCUUAAUGAACUGAUGACAUUCGAAAAUUUAUGACUUGUGCUCACUGC